GGGCAAGUGCCGUAACAGAGGCAAGAAUGGCUGCCAUGCGCCUCAUAAUCCUGGGCGCUGCUGCAACUCAUGGCUUAAUUCCGACGCUGCGCUCGACGCGUGCAUCUGUCAGCUUGAAAAGCGUCGCGGAGAAGGCGAACUAUGCAGUAGUCGGCUGCGGCUUGCAUUGCACCGGUGUCGCAUCGCUCAAACGCCUGUGAUCCUUCGACCCGUUCGCGAUCGCGCGUCGUCGCCGCCGCCGCCGCGCGCUGCAGGCUUUCAAAGUCAAAGAAACGCCCACUGCCGCAAACGCGGACGUCUUCCGCGCAGGCCCGCUCGCGGCAUGGGCUGGUUCCACGGGUUGCAGCUCGUCGAGGGCGAGUGCGCGUCGGCGAGAUUAUCAGAUGUCGUCGAGCCCUGGUUCCUCGGGCCCGGUAAAGAUUCCGACGCGGGCGCCGAGUUCGACGCAGGUGUGGUUAAGGAGUGGACGGACACGCGCUUCAGCGACGCCAUUUCGGAUCAGACGUGGUCGACGGCGGGGCCCGGGCCCAAGUUAGCUUUAAUAGCGGGGCGGACCGUGGACAACCCGGGCUUCUUCCGCCAGGCGCUCAAGGCGGGCGCGACGCACAUCUUGCUCGAGAAGCCCGGCGCGCCGUCGGUAGCAGAGCUCGAGGCCAUGGCCGCCGAGGCCAAGGCGGCGAACGUGCCCGUCUUCAUGGGCUUCAUCAAGAACAUCAGCCCCUACUUCACGGAGGCGCUCGAGGUCGCCAAUGGGAACCCGGGAGCUCUAGUGACAUUAACGUCUAGAAACGACUACGCGAAGGAGGACCUGGCCGAGUGCUUCGAGCGGAACGCGGAGGGGCUCCUCAAGAACAUGGCCAUCCACGAGUUGGCGCUGGCGGCGACGUUCUUCGGCAUGCGCGCCGACACGAUCGUCGACGUCGACACGAGCGGCUGCGACGAGUCGGCGGACGGGUGUGAUUUGAUGACGUUAAAUGAUUUCCAGGACUUCCAGCGCCUGGACUUCGUGCUGACGAACAAGGAGGGCGGCAAGGUGCGCAUCGUCGCGGACCGCUGCGGCGGCGACGAGUGUCGGGCCAUCGUGACGAAGGACGGCGAGGAGCUGCUGAACCGGGCCAUGAUCGACGCGCCGCGCCAGAAGGUCGUCGAGGAGCGGAUGAAGGCGCACCCCGACUGGAUCGGCUACCUCAUCACGCAGGAGCCCGAGUACCGGGAGCUGAAGGAGCGGUGCGCGGCCGCGGCGGUGCGCGGCGAGUUCCCCGAGGGCGUCGCGACGAUCGAGAUCGCCAUCGAGGCCCUGAAGUUGGCCGAGUACCUCACGCCGCUGCUGUCGGCGCGGCUCGGCUGACCUU